AUGGCGCCAGUAACACCAGCUUUCAACGGCCUCGCCGGCCUCAUCCCCCGCGCGGCAUCCUCGGAAGAAAACCCGACGAGAACCUUCGACGCCCGCCAGGUCGUCGUCACCAUCACAUCCACCCCGGAGACAACCGCGGAGAGCGCAUCAAACAACAACCUCAGCGGCGGCGCCAUCGCCGGCAUCGUCAUCGGCUCCAUCGCGGGCUUCCUCAUUCUCCUGUGGAUCCUCAAAUCCUGCGGCCUCUGGAAAAGGCCAAACUCGUGGGGUGAGCCGGACGAAUACGACCGCAAAUAUGACCGCAAGUACCGCGGCAGGUCUCCCGGCGCACGCCAUCACAGGAGGCGCCAGCACCGCUACCACCACGAGACGUCUCGUUCGCGCCGACCUUCGUACGAGGUCGAAGAGGUCCGCUACGCGCAGCCUGUUGUGUACGAGAAGAGGCGGCCGAGCGCUUCACCAAGGCCGCCGGCUGCAGUAUACCGAUCCAGUCGCAGCAGGACCAGGUAUUAG